AUGGAUGCACCUACUAUUGCUGCCGCUCUGGCGGGUCAAAAGCAUGUGGGCUUCUUCCCUGGACCCUCAGACUCCGUGUCCGCCGGACCGCCCUGCGCCCACGGCGUACCCGGCCAAGCACAAUCCUACACAGGCACUGGCCCACUGUACGGUACUGUCAGUUCAAGACAUAUUGCUCACACCCGAAAUUCCGCCAUCCCUUCUCACCGACUUGGGACGAAUCAGCCGUGGCACCGAGAAGCAUGGUUUGAGUAUGCGGACAAAAAGCCCAAAAAGCACAAGCGAAGUUGCCUUUUACAGCCCAUGACAUCAGCCUGCGCGCCAUGCCAUGCGUUCCUUCCGUCUCGCGCCGACUGCGACCAUUCCUGCUCUCACCCAGAGUAG